GCCAGCAGGAACGAAGCCCGGUGCCGGCGGCACCUUCCCGAGGCAGUUAGCAGCCGGCUGGGCGUGCGGCGGGAACAAUGCCACUAAACAAGGUUGCCGGUGUAUCUCUGCUGAACUCAGUGCUAGGUUGGUUAAUUAUAGUCAUGAAGAUAAGGCCCCCCCCACUCCCAUCUCUAGCGCCCCACUUAUAUAAGUGGGAGGCAGUAGUGCGCAGUUGCAGGGGUGCUUGCUUCUGAACAGCUUCCGUCCACACUUGUUCUCAGACCAGCUGUGUGCUCUGUGUUCGUGUGUUUUUCACUACCAGUGAGACUUCUUUUUCAUUACUGCGAGGGUUAUCAGCAGGAGGCGACCGUGGUCUAACGGUUAGCACAUCCGCCCAGCAAGUGGAAGGUCCCGGGUUCGGUCCACUGGCGAUGCUUGCCUUUUCAGCGGAGAUGGCGGUGCAAGCGGGCUACAGGGCGUUGCCUCAGUGGUCGCGGGACUGCUGGGCGGCCGCUGCUGUCUCAGGCCUCCGAUGGGCGGCACCUGCCUUUUGGAGCCAGCAACACAGCCGCUGGUAUUCCAUUCCCGGCCAGAGAUGCAGUGGGAGCAAGUGGAGGUAUGAGGUCGACAAUGUGGUGAAGCUGAUGGUACACAGGGUGGAGAUUGGGUAUUACAACAUUGCGACUGGCGUCACGCUCAACACAGCGCGUCCAGUGACUCCGGAUCUGUUUGAAGAGGCCCUCAUGCACCUCCAAAAGAAGGUGGAGUUCCUCCAGGUUUGUCUCCCUGAACGAGAUGGACGCAUGUGGGUCGCCGACAUGGACAUGCCCAAGAUUGACUUUCAGGUGCUGAAGGAUGGCUCCCUAUUGGAUGUGGUAAAGAGUACGACAAAGGGUGCCUUCAAUCUGGCUGAGGGUCCACUGUGGUGUGCCCGGCUGGUGGUAUGCCCACCCGAAGAGCCGUGCAAAUUGCCUCAGGUCAAGGACGCCUUCCCUCACCAGUACCACUUCGCUGUUCAUUGCCAUCACGCAACCAGUGACAGCAGAAGCGCGAUAAACAUGUAUCAGGUUUUCUCCACACUCCUGGACAAUCUGCUGGACGGAGCUCAAGUCGAUGAGAAGCCAAUUGGUGAGCUGCGCGACAGGAAUGAGGACAGAGCAAUCGAGGCCAAAAUGAAGGAAACCUUGGAAAAGGAUCCACAGAAGUUGAAGGUACUAUUGGAAGAAGUUUCCAAACGUAAGACCAGAGUUCCCCUCAUCACUGAGGCUUUUGGAGAGCCACAGGAACCUUAUCCUGACACGAUCUCCCUACCCACGGAAGUCCUGGACUACGAACUCCUGCAGGUCUUUAUCGCCAAGUGCAAGGCACAUAAAGUCACCGUCAAUUCAGGUUUUGGAGGAGUGCUGAAUGCGGCGCUGGUGGAAUUGGUACGUGAGGCUGGCAUGGUGCAAGACUCCUAUGUGAUCUCAUCCUGCCAUUCUGUUGACACUCGCCGGUACAUGAAUGACGUUAAAUCAUUGGUGUGGGGCUACCAUGCUUGCAAUAUGGUACAUACUAUGGAGACGCCUUGCAAUGUCAGGAAGAGUUUCUGGAAGUAUGUUGUAGACUAUGAUAGCAAGUUCCAUAGCCACCUCAACAUGAAGGGUCCGUUGCAGGACAGAAUGCUGGAUCACAUGGUGCUGGCAACAAUGCCUGAUCGUAAGCAGAAGGUCAUAUAUGACUUUUUCAUUGUAAGUCUUCAUUCUCCCCAGAUUGAGUCUUUCGGCGGUGGGAAGCACAUUCAACUGAGUGAUUUUUGUAGCUAUUCACCACUCACCAAAACUGAUUUCGGGAUGGUCAAUGCCAUUGUCAGUUUCCCGGAUCGAGUGUUAUUCCAGCCGUAUAUGUCCUCGGGAUUCAUCACGAAGGAGAACGCUGAAAAGUUCGUUGACAAGGUGAUUGGCAUGUUCUAUGAUAUUUCUAAGACCAUGGAUUAGAACCUGCAACUUGACGCUGCUCUUGUUUGUCUGUUUGUUUGUUUGAAGUUUAUAAAUUAAAUUUACAGGUGAGGUUUGUAGAUGAAGUUCAUAAAUGAAACUGUUAGAAAAAUUUACGAAUUUAAUUUACAGGCGAAGUUAGUGAUCAAGUUGAAAGAUGAAAUUUAGGUGUCAAAUUUAUGGAUUAAGUUUGUAAGUGAGGUUUAUAUAUAAAGGAUGCAUAUGAGGUAUAAGUAUUAAGUUUACAGAUGUAGUUAUUAUGGGUAGAACAGAGUUAUGUUCACGUGGAUAGAUCUAACGUAUGAACGGUCCAGUAAGAUCAGGUACGGCUAGACUCGAGUGUCCACAACUUCAUGUAUAUCUACGGAACUGCGUGGCUGAUCGUAACGAAACUCACACCUUGUGUUACUCACACCUUGUGGUAGCACGUCUCCCUCAGUUUUAUGUGAUAGAAGUUCCAUAACUUUUGGUGGGUUUAGUUAAUGGGUAGUUAGCAAAAAGUGGAGGGAUGUCUCACACAUGGGUUCUUAAUAACUAUGCAGCUUAUCCUCCUGAAACUAGUCACGUACCUUUCAUAUGUAUAUAAGUAUGUCAAAUUUUGAUUUGUACUACGCAUACAUAAACAUCUUAUAGCAACUUAUGAACCAAUAAAAUGAUCAAGCUAAAA